GCUGGAGGGGACAGAUUUGGACGGUACCAGGAUGUAGGCCUAGGAGGACGUAGAUGGGAAAAGGGACACAAAGUUGACUCAAACCAAGUAACAAUCUUCCUCAUAGCUCUUCACGGUGGAAGCAUUGUUGCUGUGGUUACGUUUGAAGCCACUGUAAGAGCAACAGAUUCUUUUAAUGCCUGGGCCAUUGUAGAUAGAGGUUGUUAUUUGCUGUCCGGCCAGGAGAGGAAACUCUGAAUUGCUUGGUCAGCAUGUCUGUCCAGCAGACUUUGAUGCUACUUAGCUCGAAAAUUAUUUCAGGCUCCACUAGUACCAUUAUUCUGAGGAAAGAAUGGGCAGCCUGGUAUUCGGUGAUGUUACUAGAGUACAAACCUCACUAGUGGCUGCUUCGUGCAUUUUGGUCACAUACGAUGAUACAUAAUUAUUUCAACAACAGUUCCUUGCUGUCGGAAACUUUCACCUCCAUCUGACAUUUCAGGCUGCCAAGAGAGUGGUAAGAUAGCCCCGCAGGUUUUUGUCACCACUGUCCUGCAUGUAGCGGAAGUGGAGAGAAAUCUCACACUGGCUAUCGGUGAAGAAAGAAUCUGGUUGGUCGCAAAGUGGUCAGGAGGACUUAUCCAAUGUUUGGGUAUCUGCCACAAGAAAGUCGUCAGGUGCAUUCUCGCAUGGGACAGAUACAUGCAGAAGAUUUGCUCUGAUGACAGUAAUAUUGUGAACCCAAACGAUGACAGCAUAUGCAGAUGUAAUGUGCCGCGUUGCUAGAAUUCAAAAUAAUAAAGCAGGUGAUCACAUUUUUGCCUACGGAGUUCUUGCCUAUUUCCGAACAAGUGAUGAUACCAACGAUUGGUUUUUCCUCCAGUGAAAUAACCAAACUUGUGUGUGAAGUGCAAUGUUUCCAGGACAGGCAAAUCUGUAGGCCCACAUGCAAGACCUGGCUUCCUCUUCAAAGGGUGGCCACAGAAAAGUCCAUUGGUACGAACUGAUGGUAAGAAAGAAGGAUGGAAAGCCAUACUAGCAAACAGCGUCUAUUAAAUAAAGUUGCUGCCAUUGCCAGGUGCAAGGAAUGAUUCCUGGACGGCCCUUGUAAUUGUUUUAAACAGCCAUCGAUCGUAUUGGCACUGAAGUAGGUCGUAUAUGAUGGCACAGUUGUUGACUGGAGAGAGUACUUUGUUAAGAUAUGACAGCUUUCUGCUCUCCUCUGCUGAGUAGGUGCAAAUGCCACUCCUACAGGAGUGUGCUAUAAUAUCGAAGGCCAUAGCACACAUUAUUUGCCUUCAAAUAGAAGAGCAUUAAAGAUGUCAUACAAAAAAUCAUGGCUUACAAAAGCCAAACGUCUGCAUGA